AUGUCGCUUCAAACUGUUAUCAACCAAAACAAGGAAACCAUUGCUUUCCUCAAAGCUAGAGACUGCUACAGCGCGCUUGUGUCAUCUUCGUCUGCGUUGCAGUGCCUUCGGAGCGUCUCGCAAACGCAGCAAGGACAACACGAAGGCGAUCUUCUUAUUCUUCCGGCGAGAAACUCCUCCUCCUCACCUGAAGAUGCAUUGGAUCAGUGCAUGCUUCAUACUAUCAUUCAGGAAAACGAAGAAACAUGUGGAACUCAAACUUUUAUGUAUAGCCAUGCCAUCCCAUUGCCUCCGAACGUGAAUGAUUACGCCACCGUUACCCUCGUUCUCAUUUUCAAUGCAGCGCUUGCUCAUCACUUGGUGGCAAUGCAAGACAAGGAAAAUUCAUCCCAAUACCUGCGCAGAGCAAAGCAACUGUACACAUUGGCAUACAAUUCGUCACAAGAUAUCGAGCAGAAUCAAUUGUUUCUCUUUGUUGUAUAUAACAAUACCGCAUUGGCCAAUCUGCAGAUUGGGGAGGACAAGGACUCGUGGAAUGCCUGCGUUGAGCACUUGGUUUCCGUCUACAUGGUUCUGGUGGGUGAAGGUUACACUUCGCGACUACGUCACCUCCAAGGAUUUCUGGGGAGCCUCGUCGUUUCUAACAUGCCAACAGCGGCCGCGGCUUGA